UUUUGCAAGUGACACAGACCAUGUCUUAUGGCCACUAGAAAUAGGACAGAAGUGACUGAAUUUGUCUUACUGGGCUUGUCCAGCUGGCCAGGGAUGCAGCCAGUUAUUUUUGGUAUUAUCCUUGUCAUGUACCUGGUUGCAGUUAUGGGCAAUGCCCUUUUAGUCACUGUUGCUCGAUCAGACCCCAAGCUUCAGACCCCCAUGUAUUUCCUGCUCAGCCAGCUUUCCUUUAUUGACAUUUUUCUGACAACCAUCACUGUUCCUCAGAUGCUGGUGCACACACUGUCUGUGAAUCAGACUAUCUCCUUUAACUGCUGCAUAAUCCAGCUAUUCUUCUUCAUGGUUGUGGGCAGCAUGGAAGGCCACUUGCUGGCUGCCAUGGCAUAUGAUCGCUAUGUUGCCAUCUGUGAUCCCUUAAGAUACUCUGCCAUCGUCAGCCAUCGCCUCUGUCUGCGCAUAACAUUGACCUCAUGGGUGGUUGUCAGCCUCAACAGCCUCCUUUGUAGUGUGUUGGUAAGUCGCUUAACUUUCUGUGGCAACCAGGUCACCCACUUCUUCUGUGAUAUUACUCCCCUGCUGCAGCUCUCCUGUACCCAACCAGUGGUCAAUGAAAUGCUGAUAUUCACUGAGGGUGUAGCUGUGGUGGUCAGCCCCUUCUUCUUCAUUUUGGGUUCUUAUGCCUGCAUUGGUGUUGCAAUGGCCCACAUGCACUCAGUUGCUGCCCUGCGCAAAGCUCUGUCCACUUGUGGCUCCCACAUCCUGGUUGUGGUGCUCCUGUAUGGCUCUGUGAUCCGCAUGUACCUCCGACCAUCCUCCAGCUACAACUUGUACCAGGAUCGCCAAGUAGCCGUCUUCUAUACAGUAGUUACCCCUAUGCUAAAUCCACUAAUCUACAGCCUCAGGAACCAGGAGGUUAAAGGAGCUCUUCUAAGGCUUUUUAGGAAGCUCUGCAUCUCAGAAAACUUUCAACCUUGUUCCCAGGCAAACAGGGAAUGGCGGCACAUCUCCUAA